UACCCAGAUUGAACCUUGAUGAAAGCCAAAACUUGAACAGACCAAUAACAAAUAAUGGGAUGAAAGUGGUAGUAAAAAUCUCCCAGCAAAGAAAAGCCUGGGACCUGAUGAUUCACUGCUGAAUUCUAGCGAACAUUUAAAGAAGAACUAAUACCCACCUUACCCAAACAAUUCCAAAAACAGAGAAGGAGGGAAUACUUCCAAACUCUUUCUACAAGGCUAGUAUCACCCUGAUACCAAAACCAAAGAUACAUCCAAAAAAGAAAACUACAGGCCAAUAUCACUGAUGAAUAUUGAUGCAAAAAUCCUCAACAAAAUAUGAGCUAACUGAAUUCCACAACACAUUAAAGUUGGGGUGCAGUGUCCCAGGUUCACUCAACGCUUCCCGUUUUCCUCUCUGUGUGUGUCUCCUUUGCCAUGUUCCCUGGUGGCGGCGGCGGUGGCAGUGUUGGUGCAUGGGCCUCCCAGGACAAGGGGAAAGACAGCAAGGCCGAGGAGAAUGGCUCUGACAGCUUCAUGCACUCCAGGGACCCACAGCUGGAGCAGCAAAUGGAAACCACGCAGAACCUGGUGGACUCCUACGCGGCCAUCGUCAACAAGACCGUGUGGGACCUCAUGGUUGGUGUCACGCCCAAGACCAUCAUGCACGUCGUGAUCAACAACAGGCAUGCACCGCCUCAUGGGAGCAGGGGGCUCCUGUGGCAUUGGGGAUGCAGGUUGGCCAUGUUGGCCAGGGGGAGAUGCUGGCCAGCCCUAUGGGACCAGGUCCAGGGAGGGAGGCACGGUCCAGACCAGAUCUGUCUCAUAGAAAUAUAACGUGGUACUGAG